UGCGGGCGGCGCGGCGGGUCCGGGCGGGAGCGAUGGACGAGACGAGCCCGCUGGUGUCGCCGGAGCGGGCGCAGGCCCCAGACUACGGGCUGCCGGGGGGCGCCGUGCGGGCGGCCCCGCCCGCCGCGCCGCCCCCCCCGCCCCCGCCGCCUCCCUCCCCUCCCGGCUCCCCCGGCGGCCGCGACCGCGAGCGGCAGCCGCUGCUGGAGCGCGGGGCGCGGAGCCCAGCGGCGGCGCAGGCCCAGGCGCAGGCCCAGGCGGCGGCACAGGCCCAGGCAGCUGCGGCGGCGGCGCAGCGGGAGCGGAACGAGUUCCCCGAGGACCCCGAGUUCGCCGAGGUGGUGCGGCGCGCCGAGCUGGCCAGCGAGCGCGGCAUCUUCCCCGAGCGCAUCUCGCAGGGCUCCAGCGGCAGCUACUUCGUCAAGGACCCGCAGGGGAAAAUCAUUGGUGUCUUCAAGCCCAAGAAUGAGGAGCCGUAUGGGCAUCUGAACCCCAAGUGGACCAAGUGGCUGCAGAAGCUAUGCUGCCCAUGCUGCUUUGGGAGAGACUGCCUCGUCCUCAACCAGGGCUAUUUGUCAGAGGCGGGUGCCAGCCUGGUGGACCAAAAACUGGAACUCAACAUUGUUCCCCGCACAAAGGUGGUGUAUUUGGCCAGCGAGACCUUCAACUACAGCGCCAUUGACAGGGUGAAGUCCCGAGGAAAGAGGCUGGCCCUUGAGAAGGUGCCGAAAGUCGGCCAGCGCUUCAACCGCAUUGGUCUGCCGCCCAAGGUGGGCUCCUUCCAGCUCUUUGUGGAAGGUUACAAGGAUGCUGACUACUGGCUGCGACGAUUUGAAGCUGAGCCACUCCCAGAGAACACCAACCGGCAGCUGCUCCUGCAGUUCGAGCGGCUAGUGGUGCUGGACUACAUCAUCAGGAACACAGAUCGGGGCAAUGACAACUGGCUCAUCAAGUACGACUGUCCCCUGGACAGCGCGGGUGUGCGGGACAGUGACUGGGUGGUGGUGAAGGAGCCCAUCAUCAAGCUGGCUGCUAUAGACAACGGUUUGGCCUUUCCUUUGAAACACCCGGACUCCUGGAGAGCAUAUCCCUUCUACUGGGCUUGGCUGCCCCAGGCCAAAAUACCCUUUUCACAGGAGAUCAAGGACCUGAUUCUUCCCAAGAUCUCAGACCCCAACUUUGUCAAGGACCUGGAAGAAGAUCUGUAUGAGCUCUUCAAGAAAGACCCUGGCUUUGACAGGGGACAGUUUCACAAGCAGAUUGCUGUCAUGAGAGGCCAGAUCCUGAACCUGACUCAGGCACUGAAAGAUGGGAAGAGCCCCCUGCACCUGGUUCAGAUGCCACCUGUGAUUGUGGAAACGGCACGUUCCCACCAGCGCACCUCCAGCGAGUCCUACACGCAGAGCUUCCAGAGCCGGAAGCCUUUCUUCUCAUGGUGGUAGCUGUUGGACCUGCGGCAGGUCUUGGCCAUCUUGGACUAGCACUGCGAGAGGAGCCAGGCCACCACCAGCUCCUGUGGCCAGGACUCGACCUUCUGGAUAGAGCGAGCAGGUGUGGAAGGAGGAACCUGCAGCUGAGCUGGAGGAGCCAGGCAGGUUGGGCACAGUCCCUCCCCAGCUCUAUCGGAGCUCAGUGCUCUGCCUGUGGCAAAGCCCAGGGGGAAGUGUGGGAAUCUGCCAGAGCCAUGGUGUGGCUGGGACCCUGCCUCCCCUCCUUGGCCUGCAUGCAGUUCUGAGCACCCCUGCUUGGGGCUGAGGUGAGCAGGCUGCCCAGGCCGAGAUCCGUCCAGCCCUUAACACCAGCCACUGGCCUUUUUCUUGCCUGCCAUGCUGGCUGGGAAGGCCUGUAGUGGAUUAUACCCCUCCCUUUCCCCGAGGGUGUGCUGUACUCUUCUGCUGUCCCUCCUCUGCCUCUCUCCGUGCACGCUGCUUUCCUCAGGGGGUGUUCCUGCUGCCUGCUGGUGCAGUGGGGACCACAACGUGAAUGGCUAUUCUCUGGCUGGGGGCUGGAGGAGGGGACAUAUGAGGGACAACUCAUGGGCCUGGCUCGGGUGCAGGUAGACACAAAGGAGAAAGAGGUGCUGGUUUGUCUUUGUGAAGAUCAGGUGGCUCUGGGAGGGGCUGUAAAUUAGUGCCUGCCCUCAGGUAGAGAGGGAUGAGUACAAGCACCCUUUCCCGCUCUGUUGCCCCAGUCCACCCCUCCUGCCAGUUCUCCACAGCUUCUUUUGCUUGGCUUUUGCUCCCAGCAAGCUCCUUGGCUGCCGUGCAGCCAGCCUGGUGCCAGCCUUGUCUGUGCCUAGGGCUCCCUUGAGGGGCAGGGGGCUGCCAGGGAAGGGCCGGAGGGACUCUUCUGCUGCAUGGCUGGGAGGUGUGAUGCGAGCAUGGUCAGCCAGCGUGGGCUCCUGGCUGCCCCAGUGUGACAAUCUCGCAGGCCCACUGUGAGUGGGGGAGGCAGCGAGCCCCUCUCUCCCCAGAAGCUGCUCAGCUUGUGUUGUCUAAAACGGUUCCGGGGCUGCUGCCUGCAUCCGCUUGCCUUGAGCUGCGGCUUCUCCUGCUGCUAGGGGAACCUGGUGUUGGGUCUCGCUGUCCUGUUAGCCCAUCUUUGGGGGGUAGGAGGGAACGAAGGCGGGUUAGGGCUCUGCUGCUUGAGCCUGGGAGGGAAGAGCACCUGCCUUGUCUCCCGUGUGGGGAGGG